CUGAGAGAAGAAAGUUGCUCAGACCCCGCGUGUUUUUACAUUGAAUGUAAGUUAAUUCGUGAAAUUUACCCAAUCAAAAAACCCAUUGUUUCUCUAAAGCGCUCAAAAUAUUUAGCCAAUAAGUAAGGCAUUCAACCUAUAUCUGCUAGCGAAAUCAUACAACAAAUAUUGGAAAACAAUCCGGAAAACAGAAUUUAAUCAAACGAAGUCGUCCUUCAACUAAAAAAAAUGAAAAAAGAGAUGGAAAUCAAAUUAUUCAAAUUAUUAGAAGCAUCAAAUGUAGACUUAGAAGAAGUCAAAGCUCUGAUAGACGAAGGUGUCGAUGUCAAUUGCGUUAACGAAGAAGGGUCGACACCAUUUCUCCAUCUUAUGAAGCGCUGCAACACGAAAACCAAUUUGAAAGAGACUAUGCAGUUUUUAAUCGACAACAAUUUCGAUGUCAAUAGCAACGACAUACAUGGAUGUACAAGUAGAUGGAACGCCCUUCAAUUCGUGUGCAAACUUUACGGAAAAGAAGAUUUGAUUGACUUAAUUCAAAUGUUGGUUCAACACGGAAUUGUCGUUGACUCAACUGAUAACGGAGGACACAAUGCUCUUCAUUUCGUGUGCGACUAUUAUAAAAAAGAUAAUAUAAACGCCAUAAUUGCCAUUUUGAUUGACAAUGGAAUAGAUGUCAAUAGUUACAGCAAGAACAAAUGGAAUGCCCUUCAUAUGGCAUGUGGCAAUUACCAGAGAGAAAAUUUGAUUGACGUAGUUAAACUGCUGAUUGAAAGAGGAAUCGACGUAAAUUUGAAAAAUAAUUUUGGAGAAACCGCCCUGCAAACACUGUGUCGAAAUUAUCGAUACGGUAAAUGGAUUUGGAUAAUUCGAAUGCUAAUUCAAUCCGGAACGGAUGUCAAAAAUAGAAACAACGAUGGGUGGAAUGCUCUACAUACUUUAUGCCAAGCAAAUUAUCAAGAACCUAACUUAAUUGAAGAAAUUCAACUCUUAAUCGAUCAUGGAAUUGACGUGAAGUCGAUUAAUGACGGCGGCUGGAAUGCCCUUCAUAUUUUAAGUAAACAUUACAGGAAAAAAAAUUUAAUUGAAAUUAUUCAUCUUUUUAUCCAAAACGGAAUUGACGUCAACUCGACUAACGACGGCGGCUGGAAUGCCCUUCAUAUUUUAUGUCAGAAUUACAAGGAAGAAAAUUUAAUUGAAGUUAUUCGCCUUCUAAUUCAAAAUGGAAUCGACGUCAACUCGGCAAACGACGACGGGUGGAAUGCAUUGCAAAUUUUGUGCCAAAACAACAAAAAUGACUAUUUGAUUGACAUUAUUCGGCUUUUUAUUCAACAGGAAAUUGACGUCAACUGGAAGAACAUGAAAAGAUGGAACGUUCUCCAAUUGUUAUGUAAAAACUAUUCCAACGAUAAUCUCAUCAACAUUGUCCAACUUCUAAUCGAUAACGAAAUUGAUGUCAAUCACACGGCAAACCAAGGGAAUGCACUUCAUUUGUUGUGUAAAUAUUACCCAAAUGGAAAUCUUAUCGAUAUACUCCAGCUAUUGAUCACCAACGGAAUAACAGUGAAAUGGAAUGGCGUCGAUCCGCGAAUUCUUCUCCGUCAAAACCGCAAUCAAGAAAAUAACAGCAGUGCCCUUCAAUUUCUUAAUCGAUAUUUGUAGUUCAGAUGGAGUGACAAACACUUUCAUUUCCAUGGUAAAAAAUUAAACCGGCUAGAAGCGAAAUUGAUCGUCAUUCAAUUCCUUGAUCAAGAUAUGUUUAUUUGAGUUGAGAUAUUAUAAAAUAUCUUUAGAAAUAAUGAAAGAAAUAAGAGAUUCAAAAAUUUGAGAAAUUGAAAAUAUAAAAUACAAUUAAAAAAAAAAACUUGAAUUUUCGAAAUCGUUCUCUUCCGUAAAAAUAUUAUACAAAAAUCACGCAUCGUUCAACUAGUGGGGC